UUCUACUAUAUAUUAAUUUAUCUCACUUGUGUUUAAUUUGUUUGAAAAUUUCUCAGUUUGUGAAAGAAAAACAGAUACUUGUGAACAUGUUGGAGAAAACCGAAGAAAGGCUCGACUCGGAGGCGGUCAUAGAGGAAUUCGAAUCGUUAACAAAAGAUGCAGGGAAAGUGCAAAAGGAGAUACUAAAGAGAAUCUUGCAAGAAAACGGAGAAAUCGAGUAUCUUCUGAAAUUCGGCCUCGAUGGAAAAACGGACCCCGCUAGUUUCAAGGCUCGUGUCCCGAUUGUCACUCACGAGGACUUAGAACCUUAUAUUCGCCGAAUCGCGGAUGGCGAAAAAUCGUCCAUUCUCUCUGCAAAACCAAUAUCCACCAUCUCAUUGAGCUCAGGUACAACUCAAGGAAAACCAAAAUACGUACCAUUCAACGAUGCAUUGAUUGAUAGUACCAUGCAGAUAUACAAGACUUCUUUUGCCUUUAGAAACAGAGAAUAUCCAAUAAUUGGGAAUGGCAAGGCACUGCAGUUCAUAUACGGCAGCAAGCAAUUCAAAACCAAUGGCGGGCUGACAGCUGGCACGGCAACGACAAACGUGUACCGAAACACGGAGUUCAAGAGAACAAUGCAUGCAAUGCAAACCCCGUGUUCGAGCCCGGACGAAGUGAUUUUCGGCAAUAAUUUUCAAGAAUCUUUGUACUGCCACCUCUUAUGCGGACUGAUAUUUAGCGACGAAAUCCAAGUGGUGUCGUCGACAUUCGCGCACAGCAUAGUCCAUGCUUUCCGAACGUUCGAAACAAUCUGGCCGCAGCUGGUGACGGAUAUUCGCGACGGGGUUUUGAGCAGUCGAAUUUCGUCGCUAAAUAUUCGGUCGGCUAUGGAGAAGGUGCUUGUAGGACCGAACCCUAAAUUAGGGGAUACGAUUCAUCGGAAGUGUUUAGGGUUGAGUAAUUGGUACGGAUUGAUACCGGAGAUUUUUCCGAACGUGAAGUAUGUGUAUGGGAUAAUGACCGGUUCGAUGGAGGGGUAUGUUGGUAAAUUGAGGCAUUACGCGGGGGGUGAAUUGGCUUUGGUGAGUGGCGAUUAUGGUUCGUCGGAGGGGUGGAUUGGGGUGAAUGUGAACCCUAGAUUGUCGCCGGAGAUGGCUACUUUUGCGGUGCUUCCGAAUAUUGGUUACUUUGAGUUUGUUGAAAUGGGAUUGCCGGAAGAGGCGGCGGUGGUGGCGGCGGCGGCUCAGCCGGUUGGUUUGACGGAAGUUGAGGUUGGGAAGGAGUAUGAGAUCAUUGUCACCACUUUUGCAGGGUUGUACCGGUACCGUUUGGGAGACAUAGUGAAGGUGAAAGGGUUCCACAACUCGACGCCGGAGCUCCAAUUCAUAUGCCGGAGCAAUCUCGUUCUCAACAUCAACCUCGACAAAACCACCGAAAAAGACCUCCAAUUAGCCGUAAACACAUCCGCCAAUUUACUAGCCGGAGAAAAACUCGAACUCGUCGACUUCACUAGCUUCGCCGAUCGGUCAACCGAUCCCGGAAAUUACGUCAUUUUCUGGGAAACAACCGCCAAUAAUAAUAACAAUAAUGAUGAAAUAAUGCAAGAGUGUUGCAACUGUUUGGACAGAUCAUUUGUUGAUGCAGGAUAUGUGAGUUCAAGAAGAGUGAACUCAAUUGGAAAAUUGGAGCUUAAAAUAUUAAAAAGGGGUACUUUUAAUAAGAUUAUGGAUUAUUACGUGGGGUUGGGAUCUGCUGUUAGUCAGUUCAAAACGCCGCGUUUCAUUGGUAUUAAUAAUCAUAAGGUGCUCAAUAUUUUGUCAACCAAUGUUGUUAACACCUACUCUAGCACUGCAUUUGAUUAGAUUAGAUUAAUUAAAAAAAUUAUAUAAAUUUGUUAGCAUGUUUUUCCUUUUUAUUUUAUUUUAUAUAUCUAUACACAUAUACCUAGAAAUUGAAUAAGAAGGUUGGUUUUGAUUUCCUAGUAAUAUUGGGUUCUUUUUUGUAAUGUAAUUUGAUUGUCGAUUUGUAUUAAAAAAAAAUGGAAAAUACAGUUUUUACUCUUUAAGUUUGCACAGAUU